CGCAUCAUCAUCCCAUUGUUAGCCAGAGCCCAUCAGCAAUUCUUUAAUUCCAUAAACGGGCCACCUUAGAGGCCCAGAUUAACACACUGGGGUGGAGAGCUAGGGCUAGGGUUUUAUUCACGUUCCCAGUCUCCUCCUCCUCCCCGCCAAGGCGGCGACCCGGCUGUUCUCCUUCUUCUCCAAGCUCGCAAAUCGGACCGCCGCAAGCUGAAGCAGCUGAGCUAGGGCACAAUGGUGAAGUACUCCAGGGAGCCCGACAAUCAAACCAAGUCCUGCAAAGCAAGAGGCUCUGAUCUAAGGGUUCAUUUCAAGAACACUAGGGAAACCGCUCAUGCUCUCAGGAAGAUGCCUUUAGACAAGGCUAAAAGGUAUUUAAAAGACGUUCUGGCCCACAAGCAAGCCAUUCCAUUCACUCGUUUCUGCCGCGGGGUUGGACGAACAGCACAGGCAAAGAACCGGCACCCUAAUGGACAAGGUCGGUGGCCUGUGAAAUCUGCCAAGAUAAUUCUUGAUUUACUCAAGAAUGCUGAAAGUAAUGCUGAGGUGAAAGGAUUAGAUGUGGAUUCCCUCUUCAUUUCCCAUAUCCAAGUAAACCAAGCCCAGAAGCAAAGACGUCGCACAUACCGUGCUCAUGGGAGAAUUAACCCCUACAUGUCAUCCCCUUGCCACAUUGAACUGAUUUUGUCUGAAAAGGAAGAGCCUGUCAAGAAAGAGCCGGAAUCUCAGCUGGCAGCGAAGAAAGCUUAAGGGGCUUAGGAAUGCAAACAUUCAAAAGGGGAGUUUCAGAGUAUUUUUUUUACUCCAUUUUGCGCACGCCAUUUAAACUAGUUGUUUAGAUCUUGUCUUUGAGGAUGGAGUUUAUGCAUUGCCUUCCUCUGUUGUUUUUGAAGAACUUUUACGUUAUUAUGACUGCGGUUUUCCGACAUUCUAGUCGCCUUGCAACACUUUCGUCUUUGCAUUUCAAUUCCCUAGAAGCCUUGAAAAACAUUUCAUGUCUUUCUUAUCAUUAUACUAUUGAGACACCAUUAUUCUGCCCCGUAUGAAAAACUUUUUCACAAGGGUGCAACUUUAAGUUUUAGAAUGGUCCGACUAAUUGAAAUAAUCAAACAAAUAGAACACAAAUCG